GACUUUUGCUAUUUCGAUAAAAAUGCGAUUAAUUGAGGUCAUUGUGGUCAUUCUCAUGGGAACUCAGAUUUCUGAAGCUUGGAAACGUCAAAAUCAACAACAACUCUCAGAUGCUUUCAUCAAAUGUGCUGAAAAAAUGAACGCUCCUCCGGGUUUGAGGAAGCAAUGGCAACAAUUUAAGUAUCCGCGACAAGAUAUCGCAAAGGCAGAGUGUUUCAUUCGAUGUUUUUUCCAAGAAAUUGGAUUUAUGGAGAAAUCUAGAGUCAAACCGAAGCGCAUUCAUCAUCAAGUCGAGCCAUUUUUGUCGGAAAAGAAAAAUCCCAAGUUCAUGGAGCACAUCGAGGGUUGCAUAAAUGAGUUCAAAGGACACAGUUGUGAUAAAAUCUUCAAAGUUUUCUUGUGUUUGGAGCUCGGAUACAAAAAAGAAGUGCAACGAGCAUUGAGGGCGUCAAAAACUGCAGUUGCUGCUCAUACGGAACUAUAAAAAACUCACCUCUAUCGACUCAGGCACUUUUUCCAACAAUGCAAAACAUUCAACAAUUAUCCCAAUAAAAUACGUGGAAUUGACAUCAGCAUCCAAAAGUUCCGUAUCUUCAAUUAUUUCGCUUUUAUCGACGUCAAU